AGCACUUCGGGCGCACUCUACCCCCGACGAAGACAUGUCCCCCACUUCGAGAGAGUACGCAUACUCCUCCUUACGAGAGGAAGAGUAUGCCUCUCCCGCGGCCACAAAGAAGAGAUACAGAGUUGCGACUAUUGUAGCAGCGCUUUGGGUCUGGGGUAUAAUGUGUUUUGCCUUGGGGUACUUCAUUCACGGACACAUUCAGCCCUCUUCGCUGGGGAAAAUCUCCUUGCACUCCAUCACCACGUCCUUUAAAUACAACAGCACCUUCACCAUAGCGCCAUCCCCCGAAACGAAAGCAGCAUGGAACGGCUUGUUGCCCCAAGGCUCUGGCUUCGUCUCUCAUCCUCGCCUCUCCCCCUCCCCUUCCGCGAUCUCCGCCUUCCAUCAACUACACUGUCUUAACAUGCUCUGGUUAUCUUACUACUCGAACACCACCACCUCCGAAGACGACGAGCACAUGAAAGAGCACCUGAAAACCCCCCAUGCGCGCCACUGUUUCGAUUACCUGCGACAAAGCAUAAUGUGCGCUGCGGAUUCGAAUCUCGAGCCUGUGAAUGCGGAGUUGGGCGGUGUGACAGGGUGGGGUAGUGAGCGGGUGUGUCGGGAUUGGACAGAGUUGCGGAAGUGGGCGGGACGGUGGAAG